AUGCAUGCAUUUUUGUUUUCUUUCUUUUUGGUUUUUGUUUUGGAAAUUUGUGAAUAAAUUGCAAAUAAAAAAUGAGUGAUUUACCGGCUAGUUUACUUGAUGAAUUGGACAAAAAACUUGUCGUUUUACUUCGUGAUGGUCGUACAUUGAUUGGCUACCUAAGAAGUAUUGAUCAAUUUUCCAAUCUGUUGCUACACCAGACAAUCGAAAGAAUCUAUGUGAAUGAAAAAUAUGGCGACAUUCCGCGCGGUAUAUUCCUGAUUCGAGGCGAAAAUGUUGCACUAUGUGGUGAGAUAGAUGAUGAAAAAGAACUCAACAGUCCGCUGAAACAGAUACCAAUCGAAGAGAUAUUGGAGUCGCAACAGAAUGAAAUUGAACAACGACAACGCAAAGACAAGAUCAAAUUAAAAAUAUUGAAAGAAAAGGGCUUCUGUCUCAAUCUUGAAUCGAUUAACGAUGAUCAGAUCUAAAAACUGGUGUUUAAUCAACGAGAAAUAAAACAUGAACAAGGCAGAACAAUAUAUCACAAGAAUAAUAUAAUUACUAUGUACAGUCAUGAUAUUCAAAUAUUCCAAUACUGUGUGUGUGUGUUCAACCAUUCACAUUGAAUAGUUCGUGCACCAAUAAAUCCAUUGAUUCGGGACGAUCUUUGGGCGAAUCGGCCAUCAUUUUCUGAAU